UGAUAAGUUGGUUUAUUAAAAUCGCAAAGUUGGGUUAUUAAAUAUCGCAAUCGAUCGCAUACGGUUUCAGUCAUCCUGGCGUCAAGUAUCGAUAGCAUUUCUUAUAUUAUAAACCAAUGCUUCGUCUACACGUUUUGUACCGUGCUUUGAAUCUCUGUGGCAAGCGUCAAGCAAUUGAACGGAGUGUGAGACAGCAAAUUUCAUCAUCUGCGACAUCGACAUCCACCGCCAAAAUGACAGUGACGUCGCAAAUUGCAAAGCGUUUUGACACCAUCAUCAAGUCGGCUGAAGACAAGCGGGUCUACCGGGGCCUAGAGUUGACCAAUGGCAUGACGAUACUCCUCAUCAGUGACCCCACCUCGGAGAAGGCAGCUGCAGCAAUGGACGUUAACAUUGGAUCUAUGUCAGAUCCGUGGGACAUACCAGGCCUAGCACAUUUCCUUGAGCACAUGCUCUUCCUUGGUACAAAGAAGUACCCAUCAGAAAAUGCCUACUCUCAGUUUCUGAACCAGCACGGAGGCUUCGCCAAUGCCUACACAAGCCUAGAGCACACCAACUUCUACUUUGAUGUGUCGCACGAACACCUCGCUGGAGCUCUCGACAGGUUUGCCCAGUUCUUCCUCUCCCCGCUCUUCAACCAAGACUCUCAGGAGCGAGAGGUGAAUGCCGUGGACUCGGAGAACGAGAAGAACCUGAAGGCAGAUCAGUGGCGACUCUACCAACUGGAGAAGUCCACCGUGGACCCGGAACACCCCUACUGCAAAUUCAACACUGGAAACAAAGAGACACUCCUGACCAUUCCAUCUCAGAAAGGCAUCGACGUCAGACAGGAGCUUCUCAAGUUCCAUGAUUCCUUCUACUCCUCCAACAUCAUGGGGCUAGCCAUCUUAGGAAGAGAAUCUCUAGAUGAACUCACGGAUAUGGUGGUCCCACUGUUUGCGGAGGUUGAAAACAAGAAGGUCAUCCCUCCGGAAUGGCAACAGCAUCCAUUCAGCGAAGACCAACUCAAGAUGAAUUGCAAUGUCGUUCCAGUUAAGGAUAUACGACAGCUCAACGUUAGCUUUCCGAUACCCGACCUCCGGAAACACUACAAAUCCAAGCCAGCCCACUACCUGGGUCAUCUCGUAGGUCAUGAAGGCGAAGGCAGUCUUCUCUCUGAGUUGAAGUCCAAGGGCUGGGUCAACACGCUGUGCGGCGGGGCCAAGGAUGGCGCUAAGGGCUUCAUGUUCUUCAUCAUCAAUGUGGACCUCAGCGAAGAAGGAAUUGACCACGUUGACGACAUCAUCUGUCACAUGUUCCAGUACCUGAACCUCCUGCGUAAGGAAGGCCCGCAGGAGACGGUCCACAACGAGUGCCGGGACCUGGACGCCAUGAAGUUCCAGUUCAAGGACAAAGAGCGGCCCGCGGGAUACGUGACCAGAGUGGCCAGCAUGCUUCACCAAGACUACCCAGUGGAGGAGGUGCUGAGUGCUCCGUUCAUGAUGUCGGACUUCAGACCCGACCUGAUUGAUAUGGUGCUGAGCCAGUUAACGCCAGAAAAUAUCAGAGUUGGGGUGAUCUCCAAAAGCUUUGAAGGUCAGACAGACUCAGUAGAGAAGUGGUACAAGACAGAGUACAAAAUUGAGCACAUCCCAGAAGACAAGAUCAAGGCCUGGAAAGAAGCCGGGUUCCACGAGAAGUUUCACCUCCCCCAGAAGAACGAGUUCAUCGCGACCAACUUUGACAUCCACCCUCAAGACGAGGACUGCGUGGAUUCGCCCAAGGGCACCUCAGGGGUGGCCCUGCCCACGGCCAUCAAAGACACGCCCUUCACCAAGCUGUGGUUCAAACAGGACGAUACCUUCCACCUGCCUAAAGUCUGUACCAUGAUGGAGAUAGCAAGCCCGUUAGCCUACUUGGACCCGCUACAUUGCAACCUGACCUGUCUCUUUGCUGUGUUGCUGAGGGAUUCCCUCAACGAGUACGCCUACGCGGCAGAGUUGGCUAACAUCAACUACAUGAUUGACAGCACCGUCUACGGAAUCAACAUUCAACUGGGAGGCUACAACGACAAACAAGUGCUGCUGCUCAAGAAAAUCUUGGAGAAGAUGACCAACUUUGAAAUCGACGUCAACCGAUUCGAUGUCAUCAAAGAAACAUAUUCCAGGAUGCUGCUGAAUUUCCGAGCCGAGCAGCCCCAUCAGCACGCCGUGUAUUACACAUCGAUACUCAUGUCAGAGCAAGCCUGGACCAAAGACGAAAUGUCGGAAUGUAUGGACGAGGUAACAGUGGAUCGGUUGAGGGCCUUCAUUCCCCAGUUCCUGUCCAGGAUUCAUGUUGAGACGUUCAUCCAUGGCAACAUGACUAAACAGGAAGCUUUAGAUGCCCAGGAGAUGGUAGAGAGUAUCUUGAAGGAGCAAGGAAACAGCAAGCCGCUCCUCCCAAGUCAGCUGAUGAGACACAGGGAAAUCCAGCUUCCUGACGGUUGUUUCUACAACUACCUACGUCACAACGAUGUCCACACCUCCUCCGGUAUUGAGGUCUACUACCAGACCGACGUGCAGACCACCAGAAGCAACAUGCUGCUAGAGCUCUUCUGCCAAAUCAUCAGCGAGCCGUGCUUCGAUACGCUCAGGACCAAGGAGCAAUUGGGUUACAUUGUAUUUAGCGGUGUGCGACGCUCCAAUGGCGUUCAAGGUCUGAGGUUUAUCAUCCAAUCGGAGAAGAGACCUCAGUAUCUGGACAACAGAAUCGAGGCGUUCCUCCUAAGUAUGCAGACACAUAUCAAGGAACUUUCAGACGAAGCUUUCCAGAAGCAUGUGAAUGCGCUGGCUGUCAGGAGGUUGGAGAAACCGAAACGACUAGCCAGCGAGGCCGGCCGAUACUGGUCGGAAAUCACCUCCAAACAGUACAACUUUGACAGAGCCAACAUAGAGGUGGCUUACCUGAAGACCCUGACCAAGCAAGACAUCCUGGGUUUCUUUGAGCAACUCUUGGCCGUGGACGCCCCCCGGCGACACAAGAUAUCCAUCCACAUCAUGCCCCCCGUGGACCCCUCCUCCAACCAGGGAGGAGAGGGUGCCGGGGACCAGCCUGACGGGGACCAGCCGGACCUGGCCAGUCUGAACAGCAUGGACCUGCUGCCUACUCCUCCGCUACCGCAGGCAACUGUCAUUCAAGACAUCACAGGAUUCAAGACGGGUCUACCGUUGUUCCCGCUCCCAGAACCCUACAAUAGCAGCGCUAAAUCCAAAUUGUAGAGAAACAAGAGAUAACAAAUGGUGGUAAAUCGUUUUCUGAAACUGUUUUCUUCCCAGCAUGCAUGUACUACGUUCAACAAAUUGGUCAGCUGACUUUGCUAUAGAGUUGAGGGGAAAUUGACAUUGGUGGGUAGAUACUAGACGGAAAAGUUGCCCUCAAAUUUUUGCAUGAGAAAUAUUAAGCUAUGCAUAAAGGUCAUUUUUAUUCAAGUUCACAAAAGUGUACGCAAUGGUGUAACGUUACUUGCGCCACGUUUUUUUAUUGAAAAGUUGGACAAAGAAAUUGACUGGAGCAGGGUUUGAACCUGCGAUCUCUAG